AUGGAUUCGUAUGUCCCGAAAUGUUGCAAUAUUUCUACAUGGGAAGUCGACGCCGGCCGUUAUCCAAACAACCGGUAGCUCUCGCGGAGAGGAAAAAACUUUCCCGUCUGCAAUUGAAAACCGUCCCCAUUUGAAUGUCGAACUUUCGAAUGAACAUUUUCAUAAAUAUGUAUCGCGGGCUGCUGCUUUCUCGGCUUUUCCACUCGGCGUACGUAAACCGUUCUUUUUUUUUUUCUUCUUUUCUUUUUCUUUUUUUUUUUUUUUUUUUUUCUUGCUGUCUACCUAUCUAUCCCUUUUUUUCUAACCACCUGUCUUCUCUUUCUUCUUUCUUUCGCCAGGAUUUACAUCGACAUUAAGUACACAAUUAUUGCCGACAACUUGAUACCGAUAUUUCAUCUAUUAACUAAGCUUCUUUUGAUAAAGUUAGUCAGAGAUUUACUUUCUCAACGGGGAGUCUUCGAUUCAUUCAUUUGCCACGGAAAGAGUCAUGCUUUAGAGCAAUGUAAAAUUCUUGAUGGAUUCUUCGGUAAUAUUUUUGACGCGAGGCCUGUUUGUCUCUAUUCAGAUUCAGGCAACGUGACAUUAAUUGACUGCGCUUUGAUGAAUUGAUCGCUUCUUUAAUUGCUUGAUUAAAUCUUUCAUUAUCGGGAAUUCCAACAUAGAUCCAUAUAAAUUUCUUCUCCUUUUAGAACGAUUGAAUGAUCUCCCCAAGUUUUGAAGUUUAAUGUCGUUAUUUUACAUUCUUUUCCAUUUCUCUUUUUUGUUUUUGUUUCUCCCCUUUUUUUUUUGUCAUCGCGAGGAUAAAGUGAAUAGCACGCAAUUGCGAUAAACUAUUAAAGCUUGAUUAUUGGAUUACGCAAACCAUGUCAUCCCUCGUUCAUCUCGAUCCGGAGAAUCGAUUCGUGCGCUCGUUCAGUCGCGUCGUGAGAAUGCACGCCGGAAUAAACCGCUUUACACCGUGAAAAAUCGUGUUUUACAUUAACAUUUGUUAGGAACCUUGCAAUAUCAACUGCGUCAUGCUAUAUAUUCGUAUGUAUAUUUUUUAAUGUUACCGUGCGAAACAGUUUUUAAUUUUUUAAUAACCUAGUGAAACUAAUGAAACCAAUAGAACGCGGUCCAGCGUGUGUAUCUUUCUGUAUUUAGAAUUAUUUAUAAAAAAAAUAUAUCACAAUCAAAUCAAUGUUUUAAAAUCUGACAUUCAAAAGAUAUUCGUGAAUAGACUAAGGAGUUUUAUGCAUAUUCGCAGUUCUCUAAAAAUAUCAAAAAAGACAAAACCUAGUCCAAGAUUUGUUUUACUUAUUGAAUAUUAUAGCGAGAACAUUGCUUUGGAUAUUUCUAGUGCAUGCCGUACAUUUUUGUAUUUAUUGCAUUUACACAUUUUUGCACAUAAUGUAUGUUCUGUGCAUUUUUACAUUUCUUGCACUUUUUCUCUUUUUUUUUUUGCAAUUACAUAUUUUCGCGUACAAUGUGCGCUCUGUGCAUUUUUGCAUUCACAGAGAAAAAAAAAAUACUACAGUUACUUACAAAAUUCGAUAUUCAUAAAUGAAGUGCGAAUCUUUAUGUAAAUUCAGUUCCAUAGAAAUAUCUUUUAAAAAGUGAAACCCAAGUCAAGAUUUUCUAUUAAAUAUUACAACAAGAAUUUUACUGUGGUUACUUUAUAUUAUUCUAAAAUAUAACUUUAUAUAUCAUAUUAUUUGCAUCUUUAAAUUUGGUAAAAAUGUAGAAAUCCACAAGUCUGUUCGCGAAUUAGUAAUGAUUAGAAUCAAAGAAACUACGUGUUACGAUCAUUUAAAAAAGUGAGCUUAAAAUAGUUAUCAAUCACAAGGUACUCCUUAUCCGUCAAUUAUGAUCUGCCGAGUCAAUUACAAAGAUUUUCAUUAAAUGAAAUAGGCAGCUGGCACGUUCAUCACAAUUACGACGAGGUUACUGAAAGCCCAGAAAAGUCGACGAUAAUGGUGCGCUCCAGUAAGAAGUUUAUUGCUUCUGCAAUAAACGAGAUCGAAUUUGAAACUGAAAAUAUUCCGUUCUUUCCUGUUCACAAAGGACAAACGAAGAGAACGAAGAAGGGUAAGAAAGGGAAAUGGGAAAUAACGAGGAAAAUAAAGAACGAUAUUUCGUUAAACGAAGGAAACAUUUUAUGGCUCGUUUUUAACAAAACAACGGGAAAAAUAGCCAAAGCGAGUGCCACGAAUUCUUUAAACUAA